AUGGACAAGAAAUACGAUUCCUGCAGCUACAAGGCGCGUCGUACGUUUCUCGGCGGGGAGUUUGAAGUUCGAGUGUUCGAAGUGGACGACGCUGGUGUUGCCGCGGUUGUCUUUCAGAUCUCGCAGGAUCAUGGCCCACCGCUCAAGUUUUCGCGAGUGUUUACACGAGCUGAGCUGGACAAGGCCGGUAUUACAAGAACCUUGGACGGUCAUGUUUUGCUUGUGGACUCCCUCGAGCUGGUCGAAGACGCGUAUUUUACCGGCAACGACGCGGUUACUGCCGGACAGAACAUGUUGGCAGCAUACCAGCUGUCAUCCACGCUUCCUGGUAUCAGCAUUCCGCCGCCGAUCGUGUCACACGAGGCAGCUCUGUCCUACUUUUCUCGAGCUCCAGUGGGGCUCAGUACGUGGAAUAACAGCCGAGUACCGGAGGAGGAGAAUCUGUUGGCGAAUUUGGUAGUGAAGGGGCUGACGGAGUUAUGUCGCGAGAAGCCACCGGGACUAGAAGCAGUCAAGUGGCUCGGUAACUGGUUUCUUGAUCACAACCCAGCACAACCGAAGGUGGAAGUGGAUGACUGA